AUGAUUGUGAUCAACAAUGUUGGAACCAGUUCAGCGAGGGUUAGGAGACGGUGGUUGGAGAGGGUUCAGUGGAGUGUCCUCUUGGGUCUGAUGGUGCUAAUCUAUGGCUCUCAUGCACCACUCAUCGCGCUCACUAAGACAAACGGUCGUGUUCCCUUCAACCCUUCAUCAUGUGUUGUUAUGAUUGAGUUAGUUAAGCUCCUCAUCUCGCUAAUCACUAUUCUUUUAACAGGGGGGGCAUCAGCUUUACAUGCUCCUCCGUCUUUAGCACUCGUCGCCCCUUAUGCUGUUCCUGCUUUACUCUACGCUUUCAACAACAACCUUGUCGUUCUAAUGCAGGGCUACAUGGACCCAAGCUCAUACCAAGUCCUUUCUAAUCUUAAAAUUGCAUCUACUGCUCUGCUAUACUCCCUCUGCUUGGGCAAGAAGCUGCGUCGUGUCCAGUGGUUAGCCCUGGGGCUCCUCAUGGGAGCCGGGGUGUGCCAAAGCUACAGCAGCCUGGAUUUAGGGGACCUUGAGAAGGCCUACCCCGAGGAAGGUCUCAGGCUGCACAUCACUGCUUGGGGGCUUUUCCUUGUGCUGGUGUACUGCUGGGUUUCAGGGCUGGCAGCGGUUUACACAGAGAGGGUACUAAAAAGCCAGACGCUGCCCCUCAGCCUGCAGAAUCUCUACCUCUAUGUUUUUGGUGUGGCUAUCAAUGGGCUUUCCUCCUUUUCAUCUGUAGCAAGUGAAAGGAGCUUUCUUGAUGGAUACUCAUGGGCAGUGUGGGCCAUUAUAAUUGGACAAGCAGCCAACGGACUCCUGAUGUCUGUGGUGCUAAAGCACGGUAGCGGCAUCACCCGGCUGUUUGUCAUUUCCUGUUCCAUGUUGGUGAAUGCGGUGUUGUCCUGGGCCGUCUUAGGGCUGCAGCUCACUGCUUUUUUCCUCCUAGCCGUUUGUAUGAUUGGACUGGCAGCUUACCUUUAUUACAGGUAAAGGUCUCAGUGCCAGUUUCCCCCAGAGUGAAAUUUUUUUGCAGUUUAACUACAUGUAUUAUGUGAUUUAUUUCUGCCUUUUGUCUUUUUGCCUUGGGAGUCUUGGACUGAACUUGGACUCCAGACACACACAGUCCUAAUCAGCUGUUGGCUGAUUUGAAAAUUCACAAUAUUUAAAGGUUUUAAUUUAUACUUAUGCAACGCUUCUUUGUACGUAUCUCAUUUUUGCCAAGAAUUGAGAGAAUAAAUUGUUCAUGUGUUAAUAAAAACUGGUGAUAUGUUCUUUUA